AUGCAUCUCAACCAUUCCGUGAACUUGGGACGACAGAUGGACAUGGAGCGGGUACAGGCUGAGGUGGAAGCUAAGUUUGCAGCGGAACAACAGAACGAAGACGUGAUGCUACGGAAGAUAAAAGCUCAGGGUGAAGAGGACCGCAGGCGGACCCAAGAGGCCAUCAACACAGUCCUCGCGCACCUCGCAUCUGCCGUCUACGGGCUCGUGUCCGACCCUAGGUGGGCGAAGAAGCCAUGGACGCUAGAAGCAAGCAUGCGGCGGACGGGACAGCUCCUCGAAACCUACCUUGGGAAGCCCAGCUUAGUGCGGGAAACUUCCCGUGUGGGGACGCUGCGGUCGACCAACCACUGUCUUCUCCAUGUAGCGAAAUGUUUGAUUAGCUUUAAGUGUAAGAAGGCCGGCAAGGCUUCUCUUGAGGGAGAAGGCUGGUCACCAAAGAGAACGCGAUCCGGGAGGGAGGAGGCUAUGAACGCUUUCCGAGACGUCGUACUUGCCCCGGAUCUCAAGGAACAGGUUCUUUCUCUGGCGGUGGCGACGAGAAAUGCCAAGAGGAACGGCGCUCCCUACCGACACCUCCUGUUGUACGGUCCUCCCGGCACGGGAAAAACCAUGGUUGCCAAGCGCCUGGUGAGUGGGCUCAGCAAUCUGUCACGGUCCCUCGAGGACGGACUGGAUGCCGACCCUUGUUGUUGGAAUCCCUCCAAGAGAAUGCUACCUAGACUCUUUCGUCAUUUAUCCGAGUUUCCCCGUCAGGGGUGCCAAGAACGGCUCUCGAAACAUUCCUUUACGGGCACCAUGCGAAAAACGUCUUGUUUCCAGGCCGCAUACUCUGGUAUGGAUUGCGCGGUGAUGAGCGGUGGAGACGUUGCCCCUUUGGGCAAAAAUGCUGUCACGGAGCUUCAUGGCCUUUUCCGUUGGGCUGCCAAGUCGCCCAGGGGACUCCUACUGUUCAUCGACGAGGCUGAAGCUUUUUUGGGCAAGAGAUCCAGACCUGACAUGUCCGAGGGCACAAGGAACGCCCUUAACGCCCUGUUGUACAACACGGGUUCGGCUAGUCGCCGGCUGAUGAUGGUCUUAGCUACCAACAGGGCAGAGGUGAAUAAACACCAGCUGGAAGUCUCGAGCACAGCUCCUGGUCCAGGUGGGCACCUACUUUUCAUCAGGUCGAUAGUAUUGCACGACCGGACGGUCCUACUUCUGGUCCACGUGGUAUCGCGUCUGCUUGUUUCCCUAUCGCAGUAUUUCCACAAGUACUGCGCGACUGGCAAGGAUGGCAGCUCUAUUGACACGGGUUGGGGCCUUUUCAGCAAGCUCUCUAGGUGGUGGCGAGGGAGCUCGGCCGAAGGACUGACGAUCGAUGUAGGGGUGGACGAAUGCCUUGUUAAGGGACUCGCAGAGGAGGUGCAGGGCUUCAGCGGCAGAGAGGUGGAGAAGCUUAUGCUGGGGGUGCAGAGCUGUGCAUACGGAUCCGAGGACGGGAUGGUGACGGCCGACAUGAUCAAGAGGGUCGCGACUCAGAAGGCAAAGGAGCAUGGUGCCAAAGUCAACAUGAGGGCGGCAACCGAACAUUAG